CAUAUAUCUAAUGACAAACCAUCCAGAAAUUCCAAAGAAGAAGAAAUAGACGUAGAUGUGAUUUAACAUUUUACCACAAUUAAAGAUGGAUGCAGUAAAGAAAGCAAAAGAGCGAUUUAGAAAAUAUCCAAUUGUCAUUGCACAAUGCCACGAAUCUGGAGCUAAAUACGCUGCUUGCGUAUUAGCAAAAUCUAAUAUACAAAAAGGUGACUGCGAAAGCGAGUUUCAGGAAUUUAAAGCAUGUUUAAUGAAAGCUGCUGCAAAAAACAAUACCAAACUCUAAGUAAAUAUAAAUUUAUUUAAUAUUAAAAACGUGAUGGUUUUUA